AUGGCUAUAAUUAUCGACCUCAAGGGCUUCAAGUGGUCCGACGCGCAGUUUGGCGCCGCUUGGACCCUUUCGAAGAUGGUUGCCUGCAGGAGCAACUUGCUCCCCGAGACGUGCUUCAGAAUACUGUUCAUAAGGGUACCGGCGCCUUUCGCGAAAGCUUGGUCUAUGUUUAGCUACCUUUUGGACCCUGGUACCAUCGCCAAGAUCCAAAUGGCGACGGAAGCGGAGACCCUGACCUUGCUCAGAAAGUUCAUAGGUGACGAUACCAUUCCGGCGUAUCUGGGAGGGCAGCUGCGCAUUGACGGCGAUCCCUACUGCCGCAAACUGCUUGCGCCCGGCGGCUUUCCUCCCGAAGAAGCUUUGCAGAGGCUAGAGGACCUUGUGGAGAACGGAGAUGGUGGCAUUGGUGCCACUCACCACAGGUGGGACACCGUGGAAGCCCGAAUCUUUUUUGGCUUCGAGGUGAUGGCGGCUUUGAGCAUUCUGCUCUCCUGGUACCCUUACAAGCUUCGAAAUGCAAACUGCAUUCCGCUAGAGGGCGGCUGCUAUGUCUACUGCUGCGGAAAGUGCUGCAGUAUGUCUUGGGCAGCCGUGCGUCAGUUCUGCCCCCCUGUUGGCCUCAUGCUCGUGGCCUGCGUACCGUCGGUCAAAGAGGAUGAGUGGAGCGCUGACAAGCUGGUCCUGGUGGUGGUCCACUGCUUCUCUGCGCUGCUAAUGUUCUGCGCAUUCCUGCUGGCGGAAGCGCACGCGCUGUCUCUGGCGCCAUUCAAGUGCAGGGUUCCUUCCAUUGCCGCCGGGUGCCUUGAGUACAAGCUCCGAUAUGGCACCUGGCUACUGGCAGCCGUGCCCUAUGUCGUGUUCACCUUCAUCGCAGUGGUCGAUUUCUUCGUCGAGCUACAUCCGUAUGUGAAGAUCACAUCCUUCGUUCUGGAGGUGGAUGCCGGCUUGGCGAUGCUUGCCAACCAUUUUGUCAUUUGGGCCUUUGCACCAGAAAGGACCUGGGGUUUGCGUGAUGUGGAGAUGUCGGUUCAGAACUGA